CACACCCACACUGCCUGCUGCAUAUUUGCACACAGUGCACUCUCUCCACUGUGGAGUUUGGAUCUUCAUCAUCAUCACCACCAUGAUCAUCAGCAUCGCUCUGAUCUGGGCCAUCCUGGUCGGCUUCUGCUGCCUGCUGUGGCUGGCUGUGGGCACACGGCGCAGGCAGCCCGGUGAGCCCGCCUUGGAGAACGGUCUCAUCCCGUACCUGGGCUGCGCCCUGCAGUUUGGCGCCAACCCUCUCCAGUUUCUCCGCAGCCGCCAGAACAAAUACGGACACAUCUUCACCUGCAAGAUCGCUGGCCAGUACAUCCACUUCCUGUGUGAUCCGUUCUCCUACCACUCAGUUAUCAGGCAGGGCCGACACCUGGACUGGAGGAAGUUCCACUUCGCCACAUCUGUAAAGGCGUUUGGGCACGAUAGCUUCGACCCUCGACACGGCCACACCACAGAGAACCUCCACCAGACAUUCCUGAAGACCCUGCAGGGUGAGGCUCUGCCAUCCCUCAUAGAGUCCAUGAUGGGCCAUCUGCAGGACGUCAUGCUGAAGUCCGACACCCUCAGCCCCAGAAAGGACACCUGGGAGGUGGAUGGCAUCUUUGCCUUCUGCUACAAGGUGAUGUUUGAGUCUGGGUACCUCACCUUGUUUGGUAAAGAGUUUGGCGAUGACAAGUGUCAGGCUCGUCAGGCUGCCCAGAAAGCUCUGGUUUUAAACGCCUUGGAGAACUUCAAAGAAUUUGAUAAGAUCUUCCCGGCGUUGGUGGCUGGUCUGCCCAUACAUGUCUUCAAGAGCGCCUACAGCGCAAGAGAGAACCUGGCAAAGACCAUGCAUGCUGAAAACCUAUCUAAGAGAGAGAACGUGUCAGAUCUGAUCUCCAUGAGGAUGAUCCUCAAUGACUCAUUAUCUACCUUCAAUGAUGUGAGCAAAGCCCGGACCCAUGUGGCUCUGCUGUGGGCGUCACAGGCCAACACGCUGCCCGCCACCUUCUGGAGUCUCUUCUACAUGAUCAGGAGUCCUGAUGCUUUGAAAGCAGCUCGGGAGGAAGUGCAGAAAGUUCUGGAAGCUUCAGGGCUGAAGGUUGACCCCUGCAGUCCCUCCCUGAACCUGAGCAGAGAGCAGCUGGACAACAUGCCUGUUCUGGACAGCAUCAUUAAAGAAGCCAUGCGUCUCUCCAGUGCCUCCAUGAACGUUCGCAUUGCUAAGGAGGAUUUCCUGCUUCACCUGGACAACCAGGAGGCGUACCGUAUAAGGAAAGAGGAUGUCAUCGCCCUUUACCCACCCAUGCUGCACUAUGACCCCGAGAUUUUCGAGGAUCCUUAUGAGUACAAGUUUGACCGAUUCUUGGACGAGAACGGUCAGGAGAAGACCACGUUUCAUCGCUGUGGCCGCCGUCUGCGGUACUUCUAUAUGCCGUUCGGCUCUGGGGUGACCAAAUGCCCUGGCCGCUUCUUUGCGGUGUAUGAGAUCAAACAGUUCCUGAGUCUGGUGCUGAGUUAUUUCGACAUGGAGCUGCUUGACCCGGCCAUCAAAGUCCCUCCCUUGGACCAAUCCCGAGCCGGGUUGGGGAUCCUGCAGCCCACGUAUGACGUGGACUUCAGGUACAAGCUAAAAUCCAGCUAUUAGAUUGAAGGACCCUAUGUACAUAGUGUAUAUUUGAUGAAGAUAAUGUAAAUAGAGACUGAAUUAUGUAUAUAGAAGAAGAACAUGUUUUCUGCAUGUGUGCAUCUCAUGUGUUCAUACUGAAGUGUCUUUUUGUGUGUUUGGUCCAUUUACUUCAGAUUCCAUAGGUUUAUGUUCAUGAAAAUAGUAAUUCUACCUUCAUUCUGCACAAUACGGCAUCCAUAUAUUUGACAAAUAAGCAGCUAGUAUUACAAGUAUUAAAGACAGCCAGCCUACCUACCAUUACAACCUACAGAAACAGAUAAGGGUCAUAGAAACCUUUUUUUUUUAAAUCUACUUUUUGUUCAAUUUCAGAAAAAUGGUGAGAAUUCUCAGGUUAAAGUCAGGAUUCCGACUAAGAUCUUAGAUUUCUAACUUUAUUUCUCAGAAUUCUGGCUUUGAUUUUAGAAUUCUGACUUUUAUCUUGGAACCUUGACUUUGAUCUUAGAAUUCUAAAUUUGGAUCUUAGAAUUCUGUCUUUGA